UGACUUCCUAUUAGAUAUGACAAUCUCUUAUACUUUGGAUGUGUCACGCAGGACCGGAUGGGGCAGCUUUAUAAGAAUCCUUGCAAGAUGGAGAGGUUCUGUUUGGAAGGCAGUAUGUAUUGAACUAACACUUUGGUUGAUCGUCUAUCUAUUAAUUUCACUUAUCUACCGUUAUUUACUAUCAUCAUUUGGACAAGAGAAGUUUGAACAUUUAGCACACUAUCUAGAUGCAAAAAUGGAUACUACUUUACCUCUUACAUUUAUGCUUGGUUUUUUCGUAACGCAAGUAGUUUCUCGUUGGAGUAGUAUACUUAAUGGACUGGGAUGGAUUGAUGAUUCGGCGCUUGCAUUUGCUAAUUACAUCCGUGGCGCUGAUAUAGAAACACGCAUUCUUAGACGAAAUAUGAUCAGAUACAUGGUUUUGAAUCAGGCAAUAGUGCUUCGAGACAUUAGUAUGCAAGUACGAAAAAGGUUCCCAACUUUGGAGACACUUGCUGCUACUGGCAUAGUUUCUAUGAGUGAGUUAGAAAUGCUUGAGCGCGUUCAUGACCCUUACUCGCGUUAUUGGACACCAAUUCACUGGUGCUAUGCAUUAUUUGAUUUUUUACUGGACAAGAUAACGUCGGAAAUUCGACAAUUCCGCCAUGGACUUGCUUCAUUGUUGAAAUAUGACUGGGUGCCCAUCCCACUUAUCUAUCCACAAGUAGUAUUCCUUUCUGUUCGUAUUUAUUUCAUUAUCUGCUUAAUCAGUCGGCAAUUUAUUACCAGGCAAGAGUCUCCGCUCAAAAGCGAAAUUGAUCUAAUAAUACCCAUCGGUACAAUAAUUCAAUUUUUCUUCUAUGUGGGUUGGAUGAAGGUUGCUGAAGCUCUACUCAACCCGUUUGGCGAAGAUGAUGAUGAUUUGGAAUGCAAUUAUGUUAUAGACAAAAACUUGAUAACUGGAAUGACACUAGUAGAUCUUGGGAGCAACAGAAUACCAGAUCAAAAGAGAGAUUACUUCUGGGAUGAAGACCAUAUAGUUCCACUCUAUUCACUAGAAGCCGCAAAACGUACUGUUCAUCCUAUGAUAGGAUCAGCAUCUAAAAUAAACCUGGUGGAAAAACAAAAUAACGUAACAAUGGCACCACACAAAAGCAAAUUGAGUAAAAUGGAUGAACAAUCGCAAAAAGCUCAUAUUCAUAUUAUAAAUGUGGAAGCACACAACAGAAGACACUCAAAUGAGUUAAAAAAUGAAAAGGGAGCUAUUGAUGAUGAUACCGCACUUUCGAAAAUCAGCAAAAGAAACACAAAGCAGAAUUGGUUUGGAAAAUUGCUUCGUCGACGUAAACAGAAAGGUCAUCAGAUACCAGUUCAAUAUACACCAGGAGUUAAUGAAAAGCGUCACGAUAGCCCCGCAGGCGAUGAGCAUUUACCUUAUUAUCAAAGAUCACCUCCAAGAAGCCCACCACUCGAUUAUACGCUUGGCGAAACAAGACGUGACUAUUCACCAUAUGGUAACUAG